AUGGAUUAAUAGCGUUCAUCACUUUGUGUAAGUUUGCAUAAUGUAGAAUUUGCAAAGGAUUACCAUUACUUCAUUACUGUAUAAUUAAAUGUGGAUGGAGAGAAGAAAAGAACCGAUGUGAGUGCCUAAGUGGCAGCUCCAGUAUUUGCAGCUAGUACUUUCAUAAUACCACUUUCUAAUUUUAAAUUGGACAUUAAUGAUUACUUACAUUUCGAAGCAUAUGUGGUAACGGAUCGGGAAUAAGGACGUGGACCUGAUUUGGACAAUUAGGGUUAAGCAAGACUAUUAGGAGAGUGCAUUUUGAAAUUGGGUGAUUUUACAGGUCCAUUGACAGAUAUAAGUGGAACAGGAGUGAGAUAGCAUUUGAAAUUUGUUCGUAGAAAUGAUAAGUAAGUAACAGUGGGGAGAUUUAUUGUAAAUCUUAAAUUAGUGGGAGAACAAAUAAUCCCAAUAAAUGAUGAGAAACCAUUGGAAUCAGAUGAAAUAUUUCAACCUCUCCCAGCAUCCGAUCCAUUCAUGAGUUUUACUUGGAGAUUAAGAGUAGAUAUAAGGGCGUGUAUGGAUAUGCCCUUACACCGUGAUUCUCAGUCUGGGUUACCCAGAGGUUUUGUGAAAUUGGGAUGGUCACAAUAUGAUAAUCAACCUCCAUCUGAACAUCAUAUGCAUUUAACAAAGAUUAGGGAUUAAAAUCGACAUCCGAUUUGGAACUAGCAAUUUUUGAUCCCAAAUCCAUAAACAGUGACCACUCUGGAUGGGUAUUUAUAUCUCAGUUUGGUGGAUGACAUUGGAUAGAGAGAAAUCGAGAGUGUUUAUUUUCCAAUUUCAUAGAUGAGACCAUUCUAGCCAAUGAACUUUGAAUUGCAAUUUAAAUAUGCAGAAUAUGAAGCUAGACCUAGAUUGUAUAUGUCAAUCACUUUGGAAAUGGCUGAUAAAUAGAGGUUCUUGGAUGAAUUGAUUGAUAUCAUUGUAAAGAUGGUUCAUUAUGAUCCUUUGCCAUAUGCAAGUAGAACCAAUUUGAUUAUGACUCUAAAUCAAACCAAAAUUAAAGAAGUGCCGUAUUCAGUCAUCGAUUUGAAAGGAGCUCCAACUUUGGCUCAAGCCUUAAGUAAUGCUCAAUCUGAUGUGUUUAUAUCAUCGAUAAUGAAGAUUCCACCACAUAAGGCUGAUAAAGUGUAUAAUGCAGUAGCAGUCUUUACACUGCCCAAAUCUUAAUUGGAAAGUGGAAUUGCAUUCUAUUUAGCCACUAGAGAUGACACUAUCUAAUCUAUGCAUUCAAUGCCAAAUGGAAUAGUUGGAUAUUCAGAAAUUAUUGAUGAUUGGCUCCGUAAGUUAUAUUACUCCAAGGAGAAGAAACAAGUCUUUUUCCCCAUUACUUGGUCUGAUGAAUCCAAACAGCGACCAUUAUUUAUGAAUAGUAGAUGUCAGGUUGAAUUGACUUGUAUGGAAGUUACAGAGAAUUCUGCAAUAAGUAGAGUCUCAUCAUCAAAGAAAUCAUAGAGAUUAAUACCCAGAACACCGGAUAUGAAGGCCUUGGCUGAAAAUGUUUCAGGAGCAGACAGGUCAAAGUGGGAUAUCUUGUCAAAGGAACUUUCACAAAAACAAGAGAUGAUACACAGAUUGAUGAAGGAAGUGGAUGACAAAACUGAGAGUCUUAAAAUUACAGGAACUGAAAUUGUUGAUUUAAGAAGACAGGUCAAAUUGUUAUAGAGUGAAAAUUCUAUUCUGAGAAAACGUUUAGCACAUGAGGAGUCUCUUGAAAUCUAGUCUAUUAUAACCAAGGAAAUUGCUGUUAUGUCAAUGGAGGAAUUGAGGUAAAAGAUAAUUAAAGUUGCUCAAGCCUAUCGUAAUGAAAGAGUGAGAAAUGAAGAAUUUGAAAAAGCUCUCAAAACUGCCUAGAAAGAUAUUGCUUCUGCAAGAUAACUCGAAGUAGAAUUGGAGUCAUUAUAAAGAGUCCAUUAGGAGAAUGCCAAGAAAAUGUUGGUCAUGCAAUAAGAAAUCCAAAAGGUUGGUGUUUAUAAGGAAGCUGUAAAGAAAUAAGAAACUGUGAUAUCAAAAUUAGAGAAAUUAAUGGAAACUUCACUAAAAGAUGCUUAAAAGGCUAGAUAAGCACAAUUAGAGGUUGAAUAACUUAAAAGUGAAAAUCUUAAUUUGUAGAAGUAACUGAAAGGAAUUGUAUAUGGAGAGGAUAUCGGAGAAUUAGAACGUUAUAAAUAAGAAUGCCAGAGAUUAGAGAAAAUUGUUGCUAAUAUGAAAGAGGAGCUAAGGAAUAAGAGACCUGUUAGCAAUAGUGGGGCAGAUUGGGAACAAGAGAAAAUGGAAUUGGAAGUAAAAUUGCAUAAGGCAAAUGCUAGAAUAGAGGCAUUAUAAGAUGAAAUGACUUAUAAUGCAAAGAAUUAUGCUAAGGAAAUAGCAUAAUUGAAAUUGAUAAUUGCAGAGAAACAAGCAUUAUUAGAUUCUUUGACGAUGGGUGGAUCAUGA